UUAGUUGUCUCUGACUUUUGAUUCCUAUUUUUUGGGAAUGUAGAUUACAUAUCUAUAUCAUACAUGAAUGAUUUUAAAAAAUUUCUAGAUGUUGAUAGACCUUGAUUUUAUUCAUUUAUUUGUAUGUGGUGCUGAGGAUCGAACCCAGUGCCUCACACAUGCUAGGCAAGUGUCUACCACUGAGCUACAACACCAGUCCUGAAUCGUAAUUUUUUUUUUUUUUUUUUUUACAGCCGGUAGAGGACAGGAGAUGUGGGUGUGUGCAUGUGUGUGGACUUGUUUCCAUGUUACAUUUUCAGCUAAGAUAAAAUAUGAAUAUGGUUCCUUAACUGGGUUUGUUAUGCAAUGUAAGAAUUUCCUAAAUUCAUCAAUUCUUUGUUGCUUUUAAAGCAAUGGAAUGAUACCUUCUGUCAACCUGUAACUAUAAGGAUCAGCCUGAUCCACAUCCUGAUCCAUAAGUCACUGACAAUGGCACAAAAGCUCAGGGAUCAUGGAGGGUCAGAGAAACCAAACAGAUGUGAAAGCAUAGAGUGCUCAAAAAAAUGAAGCUGAGAAAGCCUUAUAGAAAAAUAUUUAUAAACCAAGAGUCCUGGUGCCUGCGGAGAGAAGCUCAGAGCUGCUACUGGACCUUCUUUCAGGGACACUUUCCCAACACAUUUGCAACCGCACCUGCCAGUCCAGUCUUAGAGAUUGGGUCUGCAGUUUCCACUGGGCCUUCAGACCAGGGUCCCUGUCUCUUCAUUUAUAGUUAAUUGGGGGCAAGGACUGUGUUUAUCUGGGACCAGAAGGGGGGGUAUUGAAUUAACAAAGGACAAAAAACUCAGUGGAGGACACUAGUCAUGAGGGUGGUCUGAUUUUGUGAGACCCUUGCUUCCUCGCUGUCUUCUAUAAAGUUCCAGGAACUGGGAGAUGGUUUUAAUCACAGAUCACCCUCAUACCUGUGAAUUGUGUUUUAUUUGAUGAUCCUUGACUAAAUAAGGACAUACCCUGCAGUUUUUAGAUAAUUCCACAUUCUCUAACUCUUCAGUGAUGCAGCUAAGACAUCUGUGUUACUUCCUUCACAUAUAUAAAUAAUUUUCAAUAAAAAUCGGGGCAUGAAUAAUUUCUUCUCUUCACCAAUUAGAAGCUACACAUAUGGAGGGCCAUUGGGAAGAGAGGAAAUACAUUUUCUAGUAGAAAUUUCUUUUGAAUUAACAAGGAAAAGAGGAAGUUUGGUUCUUUCUCUUGAAUUUGACGGAGAAUCGAGGGCUUUCUCCAAGACAUUUGCCACAUAGGGUCAUUUGUCACUGAAAAGUUAAAAGAUAUAUGAAAUCCGCGUCUCUAGGAACCAUCCUGCGGUGGAACCUGGGUGAUUUGCUACCCUCCAGUUUUGUGGGAUGCAACUUUUCAUGGUAAAACAAACACAAAUGCUCCUCCUCCGAGGGGCGGGGGCGGUGCCUGAGAGAUGCACCAAUCACAGCGCGCCCUGCCCUAUAUAAGGCCCUGAGGCCCCGCCACAUUUCACACUUGUAGCUGCUUGAUAGGUCCUGUUUCUUGGUUCUGCUAUGUCCGAAACAGCUCCUGCAGCUCCCACUGAUCCUGUUCCAGGCACAAUGGAGAAGCCGCCUGCCAAAAAGCGGGGGAAGAAGGCAGUCGGCCUGACAGGUGCAGGUCACAAGGCCAGGAGUUCCUCAGUGUCCAAGUUGAUCACCGAGGCUCUUUCCGAGUCUCAGGAGCGUGCAGGUGUGUCCUUGGCUGCGCUCAAGAAGGCCCUGGCGGCUGCCGGCUAUGAUGUGGAGAAGAAUAACAGUCGCAUCAAGUUGGCUCUCAAGAGUCUGGUGGGCAAGGGUGUUUUGGUGCAGACUAGGGGUACUGGUGCCUCUGGCUCUUUCAAGCUCAGCAGAAAGGCUGCUCCUGAAACCACCAAGGGCAAGGUCAGAAAACCUGCUUCUGCCAAGGCUAAGAAGCUGGUCCUAUCGAGGGACUCAAGGUCCCCUAAGGGUGCCAAAGCCAAUAAGGGAAGCAAGAAGCCCAGGACUACACCUAAGAAAGCUCCAGGGAGUGGGAAGAAGGCCAAAGGGGCCAAGGGCAUUCAGCCGCGGAAGAGCCCUGCCAAGGCCAGAGCAGGGAAGCCCAAGGCUGGGAAGCCCAAGUUGGCCCUGCAGAAGGCCAACCCUAGGAAGGCGGCUUCAAAGAAGUGAAGAGCUUAAAUAAGCUGAUUUUCUAAGAACCCAACGGCUCUUUUAAGAGCCACCCAAAUUUUUAAAAUGGCUUGACACUGGAAAAUGUAAAAGUAGUUAAUGCUUAUGCUGUACUAACCAAGGGAGUUGCAGUAGUGAGAUGAAGCCAAGUUGGUCUGCAUCACAUGACAUCUGCAGAAGUACAGAUGUUCUUAAGUCUUGGGUAUUGACCAUCUCAAAAUUUGGGCUAUAGUAGGGUUUGUGGUAGAAAAGGGCUGGUUAUGUGUGUGCUAUUCUAGAAUUAUUGGACUGGAGAACUGAGUGAUAUGUCAGCACAGAAACAUGCUUAAUUUCUAUGUAUUUUUUCACUAUUCAAUGCUGUCUUGUUUAUUAUUUUAUAUGGUAUCAUUCCAGUUAGGGUUUCCCUGGUGUCCAUAGACUGAAUAGAUAUGAAUCAUGGUGCCCCAGGAUUGGGGGGUAGGGAAAAAUUUAACCUUUUUUUCCAUUAACCUCUAAAGUCUAGGAUUUCCUGUGUGAGAUGGUUAAACACAAAAUACUUUCAGAGUACAGUUGUUGCAAGGAUGUAAAAAUAGUGUUUAUGCUGAGAUUGCUAUAUCAACAAACCACUUGUUUCAUAACGUAUUUUAAAACUUUGUCUACUAGGAAUGUGAUCUUAAUAUUUUAAUACAUCUUAUUUAUGAGGCUGCAGAACAGUUCACAGAGAUAACUUGAGGUAACCAUAAAUGUUACCUCAAAUCUUUAUGUGACUGUAGUUGUUAGGGCCAGAAUUCAACUUUCCUGUCACAAAAAAUUGUAUUAGUACAACAGGGUGCAAACUGAAGUACCUUUUUAAAUUUUUUCAUUUUUCCUUUAUUUGUGAUUUACCAUUUUUACAUAACUGUCAUAUACUUAUACUAAUGUUCAUUUAUUUGGGACCUUGGUUUCAGGUGUUACUAAACAAAGCCUGGUACAAAACUAUGCAUUGUGUGACUUGACAUUCCAGCAUAUUCUCCAUGGCUCACUAGGUCCUCUCUUGACAUUUGUAUGAUUAGGCCUUUUGGAAAAAAUGUGCCCUAAAUGGAACAUGACCUAACAGAUUUCCAUUUGUUGCUAACCAAUUCCAGUCACUGCCAGGCUUGAAGAUGAUGGACACUGUGUUCCUAAGAGGUUGGAAUUAUGAGAAUGGUCCAAGAAUGUGCCUCACUUGCCUGACAGGGCAGUGAGCCCAGACGGGAUGAAGAAUGGUGCCUCAACCAGCAGCCCCAGGUUUCAACACUGGGUUCCCAACGCGUUACUGUUUCCGUUUUCCAACGUUUUGCAUAGGUCGUUAAAAGCAAAGUUAACAACCACUAAGCGUUCUUCUAGCCCUGGUGUACAUUAGAGGACCUCACUUUAGCCAGGACAGUACGUCUCGGGAU